AUGUACAAUGUAUGUGUUAUAUGCACCAUCGAGCGAGGCUGGAAGGGAAGACAUACACGAUCUUGGGAGCAACAGGCAGGUUCAUGGAUAUGUGGGGCCGCUAAGAUACAGUUUAUGGCGUAUUAUGUGGAAGAUGAAUAUAUUUUUUUUAUGCAACUGUUAUUUGCUGUCCCUUCGGCGCUUAAGGCACAAAGUAUAUUGAACGCACCAAAGCGCAUGGUGUUCACUAUUUCAGUGUUCAUUGGAGCUGUGAAAGAGCUGACGGUACUGAUUACGGAAAUAGGAACACUGAUUCUAUGCAGAAAGCUCGAGCUGAUGUUCAUUCACCCGCCUAUAAGGUUUCCCGCAGGAUCGCCCGGGAGGCCCGUGCUGGAAGUCGACUCUCGGGGAAAGCUGGUAACCGGAAGCAUCUUGGAGCUGACCUGCGCCACGCAAGGGGGCUUCCCGCCGCCAGAAAUACAGUUGUUCAAGGGCGGCGCGCAGCUGGAGGUGAGCGUGAAGCAGCGAGGUAACGCGACGCGCGCGAGGGCGGCCCUGAAGGUGGCGCCGGCCGACAACGGAGCAGAGGUCAGGUGCCUGGUCAGCAACGCCGCCACGCCGGAGCCGCUGGCCGACGCCGCCACCAUCAGCCUCCUCUUCCCCCCUUGGAAGGCGACGGCGUGGGCGCAGCCGGCGCAGGUGAAGGAGGGGGCGGCGACCGUCCUCUUAUGCGAGACCUCGUCCAGCCUUCCUGCGGCCGCGGUCACAUGGCGCUCCGACGGGGAGAUGCUGCCCGGCGCCCUCACACGCCACCCGCCCGGCCGGUUCGGGGGCACCGUCGCCAGAUCCGAGCUGAAGGUGACAGCCUCGGCGCGCGACAACGGCCGCCGGUUCACGUGCGAGGCGGACAAUGGACUCGGGGUGCUGGUCACCGCCAACGUCACACUCGAUGUGCUACGUAGGUUUUCUCUCGUGUUACUUUUACUAUUGUUAUCUGUUAGUUUCUCCUUUUGCAGAAUUGGAAAUUAUCUCAAAUCGUAAUGUUAUAAGUACAAUAGGCUUUUUUCACUUAACGGAAUUUAUAAUUGUCCUGACAAGCAAUUAUCAGUUUAAGUUCAAGUUUUAGGCAGUUUCUCACAGGCAUCCUAUUUUCCCUUUUUUCAAUCUUUUCAACAUGUUAGUCUGCCUGUUCCAGAAGACCUUGUUUGACAAGCCUCAACCUGGGCUUCGCGGGAUGAAACUCUCCCGCCGCAUACAAAGUUGUAUCUCCCGGAAGCAUAAAAGGUUUUUCCUUCCCGGUGCGAAUAUGAGUACAUGUGCUCUAUCUAACGGGGGAAAAUGCCAUGUUCACAUCUCUUUCCACUUUUCUGUGUUUUUAGACAUGACUCUCUUUUCAUCAUCUGCCCAACU